AGAAAAAGAAGAUCAAAAGAAAAAAAAAAAAAAAGGAAUUUUGAAAAAGACACUUGUAUUAUUUGGAACCUGCUGGAAAUAUUCUUGCUUAUCCUCACUCAUUCAUGAAAAUUCAGUGAAAAUUGUUUGUUUCUUUAGAUAACAAAGCUUGCAAGAGAGAAAAGAGAUGGCAGAUCGUUUCUUUCCAAAUGAAAUGCCAGAUUUUGUGGCAGAAAGAACAGUCACUGAAGGAACCACCAAAGACUCACUCAUCAACCUCCUUUCUUUACCUCACAAAACACUCUCUGAUAAGUUCAAAACCUCAGCUCUGGACCUCAAAGAAACGGUAGUGAGGGAGACAUGGGGAUUGACUAGAAAGCGAGUGCAAGAUUAUUCUUUGUAUACGGGAGCUCUUGGGACAGCUUACUUGGUCUUUAAAGCUUACCAAGUUACCAAGAAUGAGAAUGAUCUUAAAUUAUGCUCUGAUAUUGUUAAGGCUUGUGAUUCUGCUUCUAGAGAUUCUAGGCAUGUUACAUUCAUAUGUGGACGUGCUGGUGUUUGUGCUCUCGGUGCUGUCAUAGCAAAGCAUUCUGGUGAUGAGAGGUUAAAAGAUCGCUACUUAACAAAAUUCAAAGAGCAGAUCAGAUUUCCUAGUGACUUGCCAAAUGAAUUAUUAUAUGGGAGAGCAGGGUUCUUGUGGGCCUGUUCAUUCUUAAACAAGCAUAUUGGUAAAGACACUAUAUCUACCAUCCGCAUGAGAGCAGUUGUAGAUGAAAUUAUUAAGUCCGGUAAACAAUUGGCAGGCAAGGGAAGAUGUCCAUUGAUGUAUGAAUGGCAUGGAAAGAAGUACUGGGGGGCUGCCCAUGGACUAGCAGGAAUUAUGCAUGUGUUGAUGGACAUGGAAUUGAAACCAGAUGAGGUGGAGCACGUCAAGGGUACUCUUCGAUACAUGAUCAAAAAUCGGUUCCCCAGUGGCAAUUACCCAUCAAGUGAGGGAAGUGAAUCUGACCGUCUUGUACAUUGGUGCCAUGGUGCUCCUGGGGUCACACUUACCCUUGUAAAAGCAGCUGAGGUUUUUGGGGACAAGGAAUUUCUCCAAGCAGCCAUGGAUGCAGGAGAGGUAGUAUGGAAACGUGGUCUGCUUAAGCGAGUAGGAAUUUGUCAUGGUAUAAGCGGGAAUGCUUACGUGUUCCUUUCACUCUAUCGACUUACUGGCAAGGUGGAGUACUUAUAUAGGGCUAAAGCAUUUGCUUCCUUCCUGUCUGAUAGAGCACAAAAACUUAUAUCAGAACGAAAGAUGCAUGGUGGUGAUCGUCCCUAUUCACUCUUUGAGGGUAUUGGAGGAAUGGCGUAUCUCUUUCUGGACAUGGGCGAGCCAUCUGAAGCAAGGUUCCCUGCUUAUGAAAUUUAAGUUGCUGUCAAUGUGUUUUUUUUUUUUCUUGGUUCUUGUAUGAGACUACUGCCAUGUAUGUGAACUUCUUACUGUUUUGUAAAUAUAUAAAAAAUUUGACUUUGCCCCUGACUUUACUAUUUAUUCAUUGCACCUCGUGAAAACAAUGGUGUUUGCUUCCUUUUCACCUUUUGUUUCCUUCAGUUUGUAUAUGCUAAGACCAGUACUAUGAAAUAUAAAGGAUUGAUUGCUGUUGAAGAGAAUCCUUGUUCGCUUCAAUCUUUGUUACAUCAAUGGACAUCUUAAAUCAAUCCCUUUUGGCUCUUCCAUGAGUACGACUCCUUCAGCACUGGUUUGUUCAUUUUUAGCGGACAGAUACUUUGGGUUUCAUUGGUUCUUGCUUUGCAAGUUUAACAUGAAGAAACAUUCUCUUUUUAGGACAAUGAAAGUCUAAAUCCUUAACUUUCUCAGAAAACCUUUGUGGGAAUGGUAGUCGGUUACACAUAUUUGUCUCAUUUCAUCGUCUCCUCCUUGUAAGAAACACUUCUCUUUUUCAACAGUGACUUGAAAUUAAAAACAAUUCUCUUUUUCAUCAUUCCCUAAACCCGGGCUUCAAAAGGCAAAAAAAAUCGACCUUAUCAAAUCAGGACACGUCGAAAU